AUCCUACAACAGUAAGAAAUCUUAUGGGUUGAUUCUGAGCACCAAGAUUUUCUAGUUAAAGACAAAAAGGACUACCACAAUCCUUGCGACCAAUUGGGCAAGAGGAAACUAGGAAAAGGAGACGCACCUUCAUGAAGACUGCGUCAGCUUCAGGAAUUAACUUAAACAUGUCACCCCCAACGUGGGUCACCCCUGCAACAAUCAGGAACCAGUGUCUCUUAUGGUUAGAAAAAAUCAACCAUUCAAUGUUGGUUAGGAAAGAAUUAUUUGGCACUAAACUAUUGCGGCUCAAGUGAGGACAGAAACCUCACGGGGAAAGUUUGGUGCUUUGGCGACGACCUCAGGCAGGUCGAAAUUAAUGCCUUCACGAAUAUUGGGAUUUUUCUGUAAUAUCAUCCUCAGGCAAUGCCCGCGAAUUCCACUGGAGGAACUGUGUACAGUGCUUCUGUUGCCAUCUUUGCUCCUAACUUUACAGCUUACAACAUCAGCUUCAAGCAUGCAGCUCCAGCGCCACUUCUAGGUGACGUUGGAGGGCAGGCAGUAGCUCUUAGGAUAGCCGGCGAUCAGGCAGCAUUUUAUAAUUGUGGGUUUUAUGGGGCUCAAGACACACUCCAUGAUGAUCGAGGCAGGCAUUUUUACAAACACUGUUUCAUUGAAGGUUCUAUUGAUUUCAUCUUUGGAAAUGCUAGAUCACUCUAUCAGGGAUACGUUCUUCAUUCCAUAGCAAUGGAAGAUGCAUCCGGUAUUGUUACAGGAGCCAUCACAGCUCAGGCAAGGCAGUUGCUGACAGAGCAGACAGGGUUUUCCUUUGUGAACUGCAUCAUUCGCGGGACUGGACGAGUCUGGCCUGGACGAGCUUGGGGACCUUAUGCUACUGUUGUCUUCUCCAACAGUUAUAUGUCAGAUGCUGUGUCUCCUGAUGGAUGGAAUGACUGGAGAGACCCUUCCAGAGACCAGUCUGUUGUUAAUCCCUGUUGCUGCUGAUCCUCUGUUCUUUGCUCUUCAUUUUGCUGCUCCCUAACUUUCUCCCCCUGUUUACUGCAGGACAGUGUUUUUUGGGGAAUACGGGUCCCUGGGACCAGGAGCAAACUACACAUACAGAGCUUCAUAUGGGAAACAGCUGCUGGACUAUGAA